AUUUUAAAUGCAAUAACAGGAAACAAAGUUUGACGAAAAUUUAUAUUCAAGAUAAGUGGCUGUGUUGGGAGCCGAGACCUAAUCCAAACUGAUCUAAAUGAAGUGUUUCAUUCAUGGAUUGAGAGGGGUAUAUAGAUUUAUUAUGGCAAGUUGGGAUUGGAGAUAGCCAAGAAUUUGAUAUUGGCUGGGCCAAAAUCUGUAACCGUAUAUGAUCCAACAGUGUUAUCUAUUGCUGAUUUGGGUUCAAAUUUUUAUGCCUCACUCGAACAAGUAGGAAAGGUCUCAAGACAAGAUGCAGCAAUCAAAUAAUUGAAAGAAUUGAACCCAUAUGUGAGUGUAGAAAUAUACAAUGGAUAAUUGAAUGGGGCCAGUUUGAGUGAAUAUACAGUUGUGGUUCUGACUGAUGUUUGGGACUAGAAAUUCAUCACCGAAGUAAAUGAGGCAGUCAGACAAAAAGGACACGGAUUCAUUUUGGCUCACUCUUCAGGAUUAUUUGGAUCGACAUUCGUUGAUUUCUCAGAUGUAAAAUAUUUGAUUAUAUCUCUAAUAGAAAUUCUAAAUUUUUGAUCCCAAUGGUGAAGAACCAAAGUAGGCAAUUGUGGCUGGAAUCACAAAUGAAGCAGAAGGAAUAGUAAGUACGAUUGAAGAUAAGAGACAUGGAUUUUAGGAUGGAGACAGUGUCACAUUCAGAGAAGUGGUUGGUAUGACAGAAGUGAAUGAAAAGAUCUUUAAGAUAAAGGUAUGAUUAUGAAUGUGAAUAUCAAAGGUGAAAUCCCCAUUCAUGUUCAGCAUCGGAGACACAACAAACUUCUCUUAAUACUUGAGAGAGGGAAUUGCAGUGUAAGUGAAGGUGCCUGAAGACAUUGCAUUCAAAUCAUUCAAUGCAUCAUUGAGUCAUCCUUUUGCACCAGGCAAGAAUGAAUUGGAUUUGAUGGAUUGGGAAAAGAUUGGGAGACCAGAGCAAUUACACAUUUCAUAUAAUGCAUUAUUAUAAUUCGCAUAAUAAAAUGGUAGAUGGCCAGGAUUAUUGAAUUAGGAGGAUGCCUAAAAAGUUUGGGAAUUAGCAUAACAAAUCAAUAAUUCAGACAGAGGAGAAGGAGCAUUAAAAGCAGAAUUGGAUGAGCAAUUGGUAAAGAACACUGCAUUGUAUUUCUCAGCCUAAAUAACUCCCUUGACUUCAUUCUGGGGUGGUAUUGUGGCCUAAGAGAUCGUCAAAUACACAGGUAAAUUCAGUCCAAUCAGAUAAUGGUUACACAGUGAAUUCUUUGAAGCCUUACCUGAAACAGAGGUUAACAGAACAUUGUUGAAUAGUCAAUAUGAUGAUUAUGUUGCAAUCUUCGGAAGAGAAGCAUUACACUAAUUACAGAACUCAAAGAUAUUUAUGGUUGGUGCAGGUGCUUUAGGAUGUGAAUACAUCAAAAUGUUUGCACUUAUGGGAUGUGGUAGUGGUGCUUCAGGUUAAGUGACUGUUACUGAUGAUGACAAUAUCGAGGUUUCCAAUUUGAAUAGGUAAUUCUUAUUUAGAAAGAAUAAUGUUGGAUCUAACAAGGCAGCAACAGCAUGCAAAGUAGGUGAAUAAAUGAAUAAAACAUCUAAAUUCAAAUCAUAUGCACUCAGAGUAGGACAAUAAAAUGAACCAAUCUUCAAUGAUCAAUUUUGGGAUGGAUUAGAUAUUGCAAUCAAUGCAGUUGACAAUGUUCAUGCUAGAAAAUACAUUGAUAAUCAAUGUUGCUAUUAUGGUAAACCAUUAUUUGAAAGUGGAACUCUUGGUACUAAAUGCAACUCCCAAUUGAUUCUUCCAAAUCAAACACAAUCUUAUAGUGAAUCAUAGGAUCCACCUGAGGAUUCCAUUCCUUUAUGCACAUUGAAGAACUUCCCCUAUUAAAUUGAGCAUACCAUCUAAUGGGCCAGAGAUUACUUUGCAGGAUUCUUCGAAGAUGGAUCUCAAGAUUGUAUCAAAUAUCUAGAGAAUCCUGAAAAUUAUCUUAAGAAAAUUUUGAAUGAACUUAAAAACCAACCAGGAGUGUUAAGACCAAAAUUAGAAUCAGUCAAGAAAUUUGCUGAAGUUGCUAAAAAGCCUUCAUUACAUUCUAUUGUGGCUUUGACUAAAAAUAUGUUCUAAGACAUUUUCUGCAAUUAAAUCAAAUAAUUACUUUACUGUUUCCCACCUGAUCACAAAACCUCAGAAGGCUAAUUGUUUUGGACUAAUCCUAAGAGACCACCAACUCCAAUUGAAUUCGAUCAAAAUGACCCUCUUCAUCAACUCUUCAUUCACAGUGCAGUUAACAUUUUCUCAUAGAUUUUCGGUUUGCCCAAGUAAGAUAAUUUCAAUGAGAUUGCCAAGAUCUUGCCAUCCAUCUAAGUCUAAUAGUAUGUCCCAAAAUAAAUGCAAAUAAAAGAAAAUGAGAAAGAUCAAAAGGAAGAGAAAUCUGAAGACGAUGAAACACAAAUCCAAGCCUUAACUCAAGAAUUAGAGAAGUUGACUCUUGAAAAUAAGGAAGUCACUAAGUAAUUGCAAGAAUGUGCAUUUGAAAAAGAUGAUCCAACUAACUGGCACAUUGAAUUCUUGUCUGCAGUCUCCAACUUGAGAGCCAGAAACUACAGAAUCCCAGAAGUCCAACCAUUCUAAGUCAAGUUAAUUGCAGGCAAGAUCAUCCCUGCAUUGGCCACAACAACAGCAAUGAUUGUGGGAGCAGUAGGACUCGAAAUCUUUAAGUAUAUUCUCAAGAAGAAUGUCACAAAAAUGAGAAAUGCCUUCAUAAACUUGGCAUUGCCACUCUUCCUGUUUUCAGAGCCCUUGCCACCUGGAGAACAUUUGGACUAGGAAUACAAUAUCCUCUUAUUGGGACCAACCAAAGCCAUUCCAGAAAGUAUAUAUUCGAUUUAUUCUUAGAGUGGACUGCUUGGGAUAGAAUCACAAUUAAUUAAUAGAUGACUCUAGGAUAAUUCAUAGACUACUUCAAAGAAAAGUAUCAGGUGACUGUGUCUAGCAUCACCUUUGAUAAAUACAUCAUCUAUAACAAUUACCCAUAGCCACCAUAGGAAAAGUAAGUGUAUUCAUCUAAUUAUUUAAGUUUCAAUAAAGAUCUAAGUGUAUUGUUUGUUGAAAAUGCAUUCCAGCCACUUCCAGCUCACAGAAUCUAUCUAGAUUUUUAAGUGAGUGGAGAGCUAACAAUCAACGGCAACGAAAUUAAUGCCGAUUUUGCCCCUGUUAAAUAUCAAUAUAAAAAAUGAGUUAUUCAAUAAAUAAUAAAAUUAAUAUUUAACAG